AUGACCGGGUACGACGAGCUCGCGACUUUGAUCGGUUCAUAUCCGGAGUUGGCGAUUUUUCGUCGGUUUGGCCACCUCUCCGCCAAAGUCCUGCUUUACGCGUUCGCUCUCCAGAUGAACGAGGUGUCCAAGAUCAGGAGCCCAGAACCUCGCAAUCUCGAAUCCCUCCGGAAAUGGCUGGCCAGUGAGGAAGGCGGCAAUCACUUCCUCGCUCAGGCCGGAGUCGAGGCCAAAGCGUGGGACGCGGAGAGCUCAGAAGACUUGAUGGCCUUCCGGUAUCUGGACGACCGGUUUGCGCAGUGGAUCAUGAACGUCGUUAUCCCUGCCUAUCACCGUCGCAUCGGACAUUGGAUCCAUCAAAAGAGAGAACGAGAUGACCUCGGCGACCUCUGGCACUACAAGGAGGGCCCGUUCAUGGUCAUCGGCGACAUACUAUGCACCUUCCUUUCCUCGUUGCGGCCAUCUUGUUGUAUCUUUGUCCUGUACACCGUGCAAAAAGCACUGACCCGUUUCGUUCUGAUAACCUGCUUGAGCCUUGCCUUCUCGCUGGUGAUGACGUUUGUUGUCCAAGCUCGACGGCAGGACGUUUUCGCCGCCACUACCGCCCUUGCUGCCGUGCAAGUCGUCUUGGUCGGUGGCGCCGACGUCAUCAACAUCGGUACCAAGCAGGAUUGA